AUGGCAUUUCGUGAACACAACGAUUUAGCGAUUAGUAUUUAUUGGCAUAAAAAUAUAUUAAUUUUGAUUUCUAUUUCCAGAGACGAAUGGCAUUUUUUGCAUGAAUUACAAAUAAAAAGACAACAUCUGGGAGCAACAACGAUUUCUUAUAUAGAAUUAAAUCAAGGUGAUGAUACCAGUAGUCAGGAUUCAUCAGCACAAUUGGAUUCACGAAGCAGUAGCAAUAGUUUAAACGAGUCUUUUGGAGCACAACAAACCAAGUAUCAUCCACAUGACGAGGACAAGGAAAAGUCAAUGGAACUUAAAAGUAAAGAUAUAAAUGCUGAUGCCAUAGAACAUUUUAAAACCAAAUACAAUGAAAUAAAUGCGACCUCCUCCUCAUCAAACACUAAUGGGACAAAUAACCACAACGAAAUUAAUUUACACAAAUUAAACUCCCAACAUAUUGAAGAUUUAAAUGAAACAACCAAAAAUAUUUUAUCUUCUGCAGCAGAAAAUAAAUCGUAUGGUUACCAUGGUUUCUGUACAAAUUCCUGUAAAUGUAAUGUUGGAAUUAUAAAAAAUAUUAAUGCAAAUGAUAUCGUUAAUGAUAAUGAAGAAUUAGAACGUAUUCUUAAGCAAAAGCAGCACCAACAACAACAACAACCUGUAAAUAAAACCAGCAGUGACACAACUAUUGAAAUUAAAAAUUGUGAUUGCAAGAUGAAGGAACAGAAGCAAAAUGCAUUAAAUAAAUUAAAUAUCGCAAUUGAAAAUAAAUCAUAUUUUUCAAUUUUUUCAUCGGAAUCACGUAAAAAUCCCGAUAAAUCAAAAUUUGCUGGCAAACUAAAUAAAAAAACAAAAACUCAUCUUACUGGAAAUGAUGUUCACUGCAAUCGAGUGCCACUUUCUUGUGGAGAUUUACUUAAUAUUGCUCGACAGGUGGCUGUUGGUAUGGACUUUUUGGCCAAAAACAAAGUAGUUCAUCGUGAUUUAGCAGCAAGAAAUGUUUUGGUGGCUCCAGAUAGAACUGUCAAAAUUGCUGAUUUUGGUGCUUUUUAUUUUAUUUUACGAAGUUAUGAUUUAAUGUAUUCCUGUUGGCAUGCCGAACCUGGAAAGAGACCAACAUUUAAUGGCAUUAUACAAAAACUUGAUGAAAUGUUAACAUCAUUAAAUGACACAAAAGAUGCACCAACAAUUUAUUCCGAAGUGAAUAAAGAUUUAAAUAAGAAACAAGAGAGCAUACAAAACGUAGCUAGUGAUGAAUCGUACUUAAAACCUUUGCAAAUAAAGUCAAUUUAAAAAGUCUUUAAAUAUAUUUUUAUGAAUAUUAU